UUCCCCAAAUUGAAUACAGAGAGUACAAUAUCCUAUGCACAAGGAACAAGCAAUCGAAAUACUUUGUUCAAACCCCGAAACACCAUCGUCCCACUCUCUCAGAAGUCAGAAGAAAACUGCUUAGGAGUUCGGAGUUUGCAGUUACACACGGAUCCAAUAGAGAAUAAUGGCUCUCAAUCUUCGUCAAAAACAUACAGAAUGCAUUACACGGAUGUUGAAUCUGAAUCAGCCGGUGAAUGCCGGCGGCACAGCUAACGAAGAGGUUUAUAAGAUCCUCAUUUACGAUCGAUUUUGCCAGGACAUACUAUCGCCGUUGAUUCACGUGAAGGACCUCCGUAAGCACGGCGUUACUCUCUAUUUCCUCAUUGACAAGGAUCGGAAGCCCGUUCACGAUGUUCCUGCUGUCUAUUUCGUCCGACCUACUCACCUCAACGUCCAGCGGAUCAUUUCUGAUGCCUCUAACUCUCUUUAUGAUUCGUUCCAUUUGAAUUUCUCAGCUUCCAUUCCUAGACGUUUACUCGAGGAUCUCGCUUCAGGGACGAUUAAUUCAGAGUCGAUUGAGAGGAUUGCGAAAGUGCAUGAUCAGUACUUGGAGUUUAUCACGCUUGAGGAUAAUUUGUUCUCCCUUGCCAACAAGAACUGUUAUGUUCAGUUAAAUGAUCCCUCAGCUGGGGAUAAGGAAAUUGACGAGAUUGUUGAAAAGAUUGUGAGCGGGUUGUUUUGUGUCUUGGCUACUCUUGCUGUUGUCCCUGUCAUCAGGUGUCCUCGUGGUGGGCCUGCUGAGAUGGUGGCAUCCCUGUUGGAUCAGAGACUGCGGGACCAUUUGCUGGCGAAGAACAAUUUGUUUUCAGAGGGUGGGAAUUUGACUAGCUCAUUUCAGAGGCCAGUUUUGUGUUUAUUUGAUCGGAACUUUGAAUUGGCAGUGGCGAUACAGCAUGAUUUUAGGUAUAGGCCACUUGUUCAUGAUGUGCUUGGGUUGAGAUUGAACAGAUUAAGCAUGCCGGGAGACAAGGGUGGGAUGAAAUCCUAUGAGUUAGAUAGGUCUGAUCCAUUUUGGAUGGCCAACGGGUCAUUGGAAUUUCCAGAGGUUGCAGUGGAGAUAGAGUCUCAAUUGAAUAAAUACAAGAAGGAUGUUGAGGAGGUAAAUAAACGAACAGGUGGGAGUGGAGGGGCCGAGUUUGAUGGAACAGAUUUGGUAGGUAAUACUAAACAUUUGAUGAAUGCUGUAAAUUCCCUACCUGAGUUGACUGAGCGAAAGCAAGUGAUUGAUAAGCACACAAAUAUUGCUACUUCAUUAUUGAGCGAGAUCAAGGAGAGAUCCCUCGAUUCAUAUGCUAAAACAGAGAGGGAUAUGCUGGUGAGAGGUGGCAUUGAUCGUAAUGAGCUCCUUGGAGUGCUGAAGGGAAAAGGGAGUAAGGCGGAUAAGUUGCGAUUCACUAUAAUUUAUCUUAUCUCAACUGAAAGCAUGCCUCAAUCUGAAGUCGAAAUGAUUGAAGCAGCACUUAGGGAGUCCGAGGUUGAUACCAGUGCUUUUCAGUAUGUAAAGAAGAUAAAAUCAUUGAAUGUCUCUUUUGCAUCAGCAAAUUCUGCAAGUACGAGCAACAUUGUUGAUUGGGCUGAAAAACUCUAUGGGCAGUCAAUCAGUGCUGUAACUGCAGGUGUGAAGAAUCUAUUAUCCGGUGAUCAUCAGUUGGCUUUGACGAGAGCAGUAGAAGCAUUAAUGGAGGGGAAACCAAAUCCUGAAAUUGAAUCUUAUCUUCUACUUGAUCCUCGUGCACCGAAGUCAAGCUCUGCAUCUAGCAGCAGUCAUCUAAAAGGACCAUUUAAAGAAGCUAUAGUCUUUAUGAUAGGUGGUGGAAACUACGUGGAGUAUGGAAGCUUGCAAGAGCUUGCCAAUCGCCAACAGCCGGUCAAGCAUGUCAUAUACGGGACAACAGAAAUUCUUACAGGAGGUGAGUUCAUUGAGCAGCUUGCAGUACUGGGGCAGAAAAUGGGAUUGGGAAGCAGUGGGGCUGCACCUCCCCAUUGAUGGGAUGGAUUUUGUACACAACUGAUUAAGCAACUAUUUGUUGUUCACUAUCACACUGCUCUUCACUUUAUUAAGCCACAGGUUCAUGAGAAAAGCUUACAUUGAACCUAAUAGUCUAGUUGAGCGAAUGGAGAACUGAGCUAACUGUAUUUUUGAUAGCGCCAGACUUUGGCAUUUGACUGUGGUGCGUACUGGUCUUAAAAAUAUGACUUUUAUUUCAAUUUUUGAAGAUCUGAGGGAGUUAAAGGAGCUUUUCUACAUUCGAUAUA